CGGAGGAUCAACAGUCGGAAGAGAAGCGUCCGUCGUCGUCGCUUGUUCUGUGUAGUUUCAUCAGAUCCAGUUGGUCCAAGAGAGAAGAUGGGAGUGUUUAUUUUGCUGCUCCUCUUGUGUCCUCUUGCGUCUGCAGUGCCCCACUCCCUGAAGUACUUCUACACUGCCUCCUCCCACGUGCCCAACUUCCCAGAGUUUGUGGGUGUUGGGAUGGUUGAUGGUCUUCAGAUGGUUCAUUAUGACAGCAACACUCAGAGAGCAGUACCCAAACAAGACUGGAUGGAGCAGGUCACAGCAGGUGACCCACAGUACUGGGAGAGGCAGACUGAAGGUUUGAUGAAUACCCAGCAGCUCUUCAAAACCAACAUUGAGACUGCGAAGCAGCGCUUCAACCAAACUGGAGGCGUCCACAUCUUUCAGGUCAUGUAUGGCUGUGAGUGGGACGAUAAGACUGGAGAAGUUAAUGGAGAUGCUCAGUAUGGUUAUGAUGGAGAAGACUUCAUCGCUCUGGACCUGAAGACAAAGACAUGGAUCGCUCCGAGACCACAGGCUGUCAUCACCAAGCUGAGAUGGGAUCGAGACGGAGCUCUGAUAGCUCAGAAGAAGAACUACUUCACCCAUGUGUGUGUUGACUGGCUGAAGAAGUAUCUGCAGUAUGGGAGCAACCGUCUACUGAGGACAGUCCCCCCCUCAGUGUCUCUGCUCCAGAGGUCUCCCUCCUCUCCAGUCACCUGCCAUGCUACAGGUUUCUACCCUGACAGAAUCGUGAUGUUCUGGAAGAGAGAGGAGGAGGAGCUCCAGGAGGAGGAGGUGGACCAUGGUGAGCUCCUCCCCAACCACGAUGGAACCUUCCAGAGGAGCGUUCACCUUCUCGUUGACCUUUCAUCAAUGAAGGCUGAGGACUGGCAGAAGUACCACUGUGUGGUUCAGCUUUCUGGGAUGAAGGAUGACAUCAUCACCAAACUGCAUCCAUCAAAGAUCAAGACCAACAGGAAAGAUCCUGUCAAUACCAUCCCCAUCAUCAUUGGAGUACUUGCUGCUGUCAUCGUCAUCAUCAUCGCAGUCAUUGGUGCCAUACUGUACCAGAAGAAGAAAGCCAAGCGCCCUCCACCUUCUCCUGACAGCAGCUCUGAGCUGCUGAGCUCCUUUGAGAAAUUGAACCCCGGUGCUUCACACUGAACUAAGUCUGAGGACAUGUUGGGGAAUCAAGCAGGAAGGAGCCCUCUCAAAAUCAGCUUUUAGUUUAUAAUUUGGGAAUGUGUCAGUUAAAAAUCAGUCGUGAGUCAUAAUGAAGGUAACCGGUGUGGGCAGUUACACACGACAUGCUAAAGGACAAAAGUCAACAAUCCAUCACAGCUGUAGAACAAACUAAUAAGCUCACACACACAUGAAGAACAGUGGUGACCCGUUGGAUCAGACCUUCUCUGGUAUGAAGAGAAAAUCCCUCAUAAAGCAUUUAUAUGAAUGUGGACUCAUUAACAUGGUGUUGGAGUGAAACUCCAGUGGUAGUUUAAACCAGUGAGCUGCAGUAAAUUGUGUGUACAGAUCCUUUUCCUAAUCCCCCUCCCACACAUCACAUGACUCCCCUGCAGACGACAGGUUAGAACAGCAGCAUGAAGAAAGAAGUGAUGGAAUAUCAAUACUCUCUACUUAGAGGAGGAGGGGCGCACUAUUUGUCUCCAGAUGAAUUCAUAAAAGCUUCCCCGUUUGUCAACACAAUGAAACCCCUCCCAAAACACAACUAGCACACACACACACCUUUAGUCUCCCCCGUGACAUCCUCCCCCUUCACUCCACCCUUCAGGGCACCACCUCUGUGAUGGGUUGUUGUGCAGCAUCAUGACGUCCCGUCUUUUCCUCCACAUGUUCUUCUCAAAGCUCUGCUUGCAGAAUGGACACGUCCUCCUGAUGCAGCAUCCGUCUUUGGAGCAUCAGCAGGUUGACCUGUUGUACGCGUGUUGUGUUUUCUCUCUGCAGCAGAUUGUGUGGUUAAAAGUUGUAGGUUGUUGUUACCCUCGUACUGCUUCUGCUAAGUGACGGGUAGUGUGCAGGAUGUGUGUUUCUGGGCUGUAGCUGAGCUGGUAGAGAAUUAGGUUUGAUUUGCUGGAUAUUUUCCAUGUCCUGUAAGAUGUUAUCUUGAUUUAUCAUAACUUGGUUGAAGGGGUUUGGUUCUUUGUUGCUAUGUGUGACCAUAUUUACAGAAUAUAUGCUACAGAAAUGUUUGCUGUUUGCUUUGCUGAGAAAUGCUUUUAAUGGGGGGUAAACUGCCUUAAACUGCUGGUUUCUGUGAAAUAAAGUCCUCAACAUGU